AUGUUUGUCAGCCUUUUGAAGUCUCGGAGCCAAGUCUCCAGUCCUGGUCUUGUUUUGAGACGCUUCACGCACGAAUAUGCGCCCAGAUUCAAAGAUGUUGGCAAAAGGCAAAAAGGACGAGUUCCUGUACGUGUAGGAGGGUCCACGAAGGGUUCAACGCUCCAGUUCGGCACGUUUGGACUCCGCUUGAAAUCAGAAGGUGUGAGACUGACGGCACAGCAACUAAAGGAGGCCGAUAAUGCUAUUAUGAGAUACGUAAGACCAUUGACAAAUGGUCAAUUGUGGAAAAGACUCUGUACGAAUAUCGCCGUUUGUAUCAAGGGUAACGAAACCCGUAUGGGAAAAGGUAAAGGUGGGUUUGACCACUGGAUGGUUCGUGUACCUACGGGCAAAAUCAUCUUCGAAAUGGGCGGCGAUGAUCUACACGAAAAAGUGGCCCGUGAGGCGUUUAGAAAAGCUGGAACAAAACUGCCAGGUGUUUUCGAAUUCGUUUCUUCAGACUCUCUGGUUAGGGUAGGUUUGAAAAGCUUCAAAAAUACCAAAGACGACCCCGUUGUCAACUACAUGGAGAAGCUGCGUAAGAACCCCACCAAGGCGUUCCUGAACGAACAGAAAUCCAAAUUGCCACAAUACCGAAUGUUUAGAGGACGUUAA